GAGAUGGGGGACCGUCCCCGGCGGACCGGGAGACUCGGCAGCCUCACGCCCAGGUCCCGGGUCUCCAAGGAGACGAAGCUCCGGCUGCGCGUGGUGUUCCUGGAUGACAGCGAGCGCACGUUCGAGGUGGAACAAAAGGUUUUAGGAGGCGACUUCUUCAACAAAGUGUGUGGUCAUCUGAAGCUGCUGGAGAAAGAGUACUUCGGGCUGGAGUUCAGACACCACGGCGGCAACUACGUGUGGUUGGAGCUGCUAAAGCCGCUGGCCAAACAGAUUAAAUACACCAGCGAUCUGUUCUUCAGGUUUAUAGUGAAGUUCUUUCCACCAGAUCCUGGACAGCUGAAGAGAAGCCUCACCAGGUAUCUUUUUGCCUUACAGAUGAAGCAGGACUUGUGUCACGGCAGUCUGACCUGCAAUGACAACAGCGCCGCCCUGCUGGUCUCUCACAUACUGCAGUCAGAGCUAGGCGACUAUGACGAGGAGCUGGACAGUCACCAUUUAGAGAUGAAGCAGUACGUCCCAAACCAGGAAUAUCUAGACCACAAGAUCACCAAGUUUCACAGGAAACACAGAGGUUCGUCUCCAGGAGACUCGGACAUCCAGCUGCUGGAGGUGGCGAGGAAGCUGGACAUGUACGGCAUCCGGCCUCACCCCGCUCACGACGGGGAGGGAAUGAGGAUCAACUUGGCGGUCACACACUCUGGAGUCCUGGUCUUUCAGGGAAACACCAAAAUCAACACGUUCAGUUGGGCGAAGAUCCGCAAGCUGAGCUUCAAGCGCAAACAUUUCCUCAUCAAACUACACGACAAAGUCGGGCCGUCGUGUAAGGACACGCUGGAGUUGUCCAUGGCCAGCCGAGAUGUGUGCAAGUCCUUCUGGAAGACGUGUGUGGAGUACCACGCCUUCUUCAGGCUGUCCGAGGAACCCAAGACAAUGCACAAAACACUGCUGUCCUGUAAAGGCUCCAGCUUCAGAUACAGUGGACGGACGCAGAAACAGCUGCUGGAGUGUAUGGGGUCAGGGAAGAAGCCUGCGCACUUUGAGAGGACUUACUGUCAGUCAGACUUCGAUCCCAGACAGUGUCGCUCUUCUCCCGAUCUCCUCACGGAUGUUUCCAAACAAAUGUACGAGCACUCCCACCUGUUCAUCCAGUCGGGUCACGCCUUGGCGGUCUGCAGUCAGGAUGAGUCGGACCCACACCACCGAGGCGUGGAUGUCGACAUCAGAGGAGGAGGGGCUAAACGCAGCCAAUCAUCCGUCGAGGUCACCCAGAGGUCCCGCCCUCUCACCCAAGUCACCCCCCUCUCUCCGUCUCUUCACACGUCAACCCCCUCGCCCAAGACGAGAUCUGCCUCCACGUCCCUGAUGGAGGACCUGAGGGGGGGACGGAUCGGGGUGCAGCGCCAAGCCCAAAGGCUAGCCGGCGUCUACGGUAACCGCUCGCGCCGUCGGCCCAACCCCCAGCCACACCCGGACGCCGCUCAGCAGCUGGUGCUCCUCUACCCGAACAGUCCAGCCUACCAGUAUCACCCCAUCCUCCCAACGUUCCCACUGGCCGGUUCCUCGCCUCUCAACCGGCACCCUUACUUAUCGGACUACGUUGCCGUUUCUUCCCUGGAACGCUUCCCGCAUCCGAGGAGGCGGGAUUUCGUGACGAUGGACGGCCCGUCGCGGCCGCCUUUUUAUCCACGGAGCUACGGCUCGCCGUCGCUCUCGCCAAUCAGGAGGAACCUGCACCCCUCCGGGUCCGGCGGGUUGGGGUUGGCUCGGGUUUACCAUCCGGGUAGUAACGGGGCGAGGCUCCUGGCCGUUGGGCGCACAGAGGCGGGUCAUUACAGCGACGACUCCAACUUCCUCCCCGGGCUGCCUCGCCGCGUGGUUAGCCGACCCGACGUCAAGUUUCACCUGUCGAGGAGUUCUAACCCCGCCUUCAACCCCGCCUCUGAGUUCCGUCCCCUUGGUUACUACCCUCACCUGACACGCCCCUCCAGACCCACCUACCUCCCGCUGAACUCCUCCCCUCUGCCCGAUCGACCCGCCUCGUUUUGCGUGAUCGGAGGAACCUCGGGAAGCUACAGCGACUCUGACCCGGAGGUUUUCUACCCGUACUACUGCCCACCACCACACCCGCUCGGUAAAGUGGCGCGGUCCGCCGGACUCGCCAGGAUGAGGUACUCCUCCGGGAGCCUCCAACUGGACGAGGAGGAAGAGGAGGAGGAGGAGUAUAGAGCAGCUAGAGCAAAAACAGAGUUGAAGGGUGAAGAAGAUAAGAAAGAGAAGACUGCAAAGAUCACUGAAGUCACUCUGUAGAUAAAGACGAAAACAAAAAGGUUCAUGAUGUGAUCACACUCAACACUGGCAGGAUGGUUUAAAAAGUAAAAAUAAAGAGCCUAGAAUAAACAAAGACAUUGGUUAUAAUGUGUGUAACAGAAGUGUGUUGUUUUUUAGGUGUACUGGCAGAUGAAAUGUACUGUUUUUGCCUUGUUUUACUGAAAACCUCUUUCAGUAGCAUCAUUACGGGUACAAGCUAGCAAAUGUUUUAGGAUUUUUAAAACCUCUAAAAUUCGAUUAAUGUACCUCUCC